ACCUACGGCAGUGAAGAGUGGCCCAUGAAAGAGCGUACCAAAAAGAUUCUUAAGGCAACUGAGAUGGAUUUCUGGCGAAGAUCAGCCGGAAUCUCGAGGAGAGAUCACGUAAGGAACGAAAGAGUCCGUGAGAUCAUGAACGCCGAGCAGAACAUCGUGCAUGAAAUUAUGACCGAACAGCUUGUCUGGUAUGGUCAUGUUCAACGAAUGGCGGAUGAUAGGUUGCCUAAGAAGGUGCUAGAUUGGGUUCCUCCUGGGAGAAGACGUAGGGGACGCCCAGCAAAAUCGUGGAUUGGUGGCAUUCCAGAUGAAAUCACAAGAUGCCAUCUACCAGAUGACCUCUGGAUGAAUAGGCAAGGAUGGCGAUUAGGUGUCGCAGAGCGCCCGAGCGCGCUGUAAAGCGACUGGAAUGUAUGUAUGUAAGUUCAGAUAUUUUGGAUUGAACUAGCAACUUAACCCAUGCUUCACACAGACAGUAUGAUCUGAACUUUCUUACAGCUUUUACAUUUUUAGCGGUGGCUUACCUAUAUUUUUAAAUUAUGUUUUGCACUUAUUUCUGGAUUGAGAGGAA